AUGUCGCGAAAACCCGCCGAUGUGGCGUCCAAGGAGCGCAACGAGUACAUUCCGUCCUUCAUCUCGAAAAAGCCAUUUUACAUCGACGACGAGUCUGGAAAUGAUUACCUGGAGCACCAGCGUCUCCAAAAGGCGACACCAGAUCAGUCGAAAUGGUACGAUCGGGGACAACGUGCCGGGCCCGCGGCGACCAAGUAUCGGAAGGGCGCAUGCGAGAACUGCGGCGCAAUGACACACAAGACCAAAGAAUGCCUCAGUCGACCGAGAAAGCACGGUGCCAAGUGGACUGGGAAGAAUAUUCAAGCAGAUGAGGUUAUACAGAAAGUCGAUCUCGGGUGGGAUGCCAAGCGAGAUCGGUGGAAUGGAUAUGAUGCCAGUGAAUAUCGACAGGUUGUCGAUGAAUACGAAGAGCUGGAAGCCAUUAAACGAGCAGCUAAAGAAGGGGCUGAUAUGAAGCGGCUUCAAGGCGGAGAAGAUGGAGAAGAUGCUGCAGAGGAGGAUAUUCGCUACGCCGAAGAGUCAGACAUGGGCCGACAACAAAGCACUGCCACCCGUAACCUCCGUAUCCGCGAAGAUACCGCCAAAUACCUUCUGAACCUGGAUCUCGACUCCGCAAAAUAUGACCCCAAGACUCGCCGGAUGGUGGAUAUGGGUGCUCAAGAGGAUCAAGCUUCAGCCCUGGUUGCAGAGGAGAACUUUGUCCGUGCGUCUGGCGAUGCUGCCGAGUUUGAAAAGGCUCAGAAAUACGCCUGGGAAUCACAGGAGAAGGGUAGUUCACAGAUCCACCUGCAGGCCAAUCCGACCUCCGGAGAAUUCCUACGGAAAAAAGAACAACAAGAAUCCGAGUCCAACCGUCAGGCCCAACGCAAGGCCCUUCUUGAAAAGUAUGGAGGCGGUGAUCACUUCCAGGCCUCGCCACUCCGUGACACUAUGGUCGUCGAAAAUGAACGUUUUGUGGAGUAUGACGAGUCUGGCGCCAUCAAGGGUGCCCCCAAGAAUGCCACCAAAUCGAAAUACGCAGAAGACAUCAUGGUCAAUAAUCACGCUUCAGUUUGGGGCAGCUGGUGGUAUGAGUUCAAGUGGGGAUAUGCAUGCUGCUAUUCCACUGUGAAAAAUAGCUACUGCACCGGGGAAGACGGCAAGAAAGCAUUUGAGGAAGAGGGCAACAUGUUGUUGCUACAGAAUUCAGAUGGCAAUGAUGAUGGAGAAGAGUCUGUCACCGUCGCCGAUCAAAUUCAAGAACAGGAGUCAGGUGCCAGUGGAAAGAAGAGAACCUUGGAGGAAUUGAAGUCUGGUAUUACCGAGGAUGAAAUUGAAUCAUACAAGCGAAGCCGAAUGGCUGUCGAUGAUCCAAUGGCGAAUUUCAUCGGAAAAGAUAGGGACUAA